AGAUUGAUCGUUGAUUGUUGGAAUACAUCAUUGAGUCUAUUCUAUCUUAUCCUAUUGUAGUGUAUACUGAAUACCAAUUUAAUCCAAUGGUACUGCAGUGGAGCAUUUAAUAGUACUGUAUUGUAGUACUUUUCAUACAAGGUGGCAGCAUAUCCAUUACCAGUAUUUGAGCAUCCGGAAAUAGAGCCUACUACAAAAAUGGCGAUAUUCAGUGUUUACGUUGUAAAUCGAGCAGGAGGAUUGAUUUAUCAGGCGGACUUUACCCAGCCAAAGACAGAGGUCGAAAAGACGUUUGGUUUUCCUUUAGAACCUACGCUUAAGUUGUAUGAUGAGCGGAUGGUAGUUUCGUUCGGGCAAAGAGAUGGUAUAAAAGUUGGACACACAGUUUUAGCCAUCAAUGGUGUGCCAUCGAAAGGCAGACAGUUGGAGGAUGGACGUGAUAUUCUUGAAGUUGUUGCUAAUCCUGAGAACUAUCCAAUUGCAAUAAAGUUUGGACGUCCAAAGUUAUCGGUCAAUGAGAGAAUUAUGUUAGCAUCUAUGUUCCACUCGUUAUAUGCCAUUGGAUGUCAGCUUUCUCCAGAGCAAAGGUCAUCUGGGAUUGAGUGUCUAGAAACAGACACUUUUAAACUACACUGCUUUCAAACACUUACAGGAAUCAAGUUUAUUUUGUUAACAGACCCCAAACAAACUGGUAUUGACAAUCUCCUGAAGAAGAUCUAUGAAAUAUAUGCAGAUUACGCCUUAAAAAACCCAUUCUAUUCUGUUGAUAUGCCAAUUAGGUGUGACUUGUUUGAUAGUAGCAUCCAAAGCAUGGUGGAACAAGUUGACCGUGGUGGCGUAUAUGCAGGCGGCUUAUAAUGGGAAAGGAAAUGUCGCUGGGCCUAUAUGCGGGAGGCUAACGAUAGGACAGGGAAACAUUGCUGGGCGUAUAUGCGGAAGCAUUAUGAUGGGACAGGGAAAUGUCGCUGAAAAGUACACGAUCAUGUAUCAGAUAUAAACUGGUCUAAAGUACCUGUUUUUUUAUCAGGAUAUACAAGAUACAAUUCAUUUAUUGUCAAAUACAUUCAUAAUGUAUAAAAAAAAUUCAUAUAUGGACCUAUAAUUGGUCUAUUGUUCAUAUAUAUGGCACUAUUUAGGUUUAUAGUUCAUAUAGGGCAGUGUGUAUGUCUGUGAAUCAUAUAUGAAUCUAAACUCUAGUUCAUAUUGGUCAUGUUAAUUUCGACAACCAUAUCAGUCUUUGGUUCAUAUAAUGGCAAUUUGUUCAAAUAUUGGCGUUCAUAAUAGUAUGAAAUUUUAUAUCCUGCCGAAUCUGCGUCAAAAAAGUGUACACUCAUUUUGCUCGUGUAUUUUAAAAUGUGGAUGUUGACAGGUCUGCGUUGAAAGGUCAAUGUUUCAUAUGGCACUUUAUAGGUCUGCAGUUCAUAUAUUAUUGUGCUACUCUAGCUAUAUGGCACAGUGUCAUAUAUAACACUUUUAAUUGUCAUAUAUGGCAAUAUAAGUGUUAUUAUUAUUAUUGUUGUAACUAUUAUAUUUGGUAAGUCUUAUGCUUAGUGCAAUGUAGGCUAAGUUUACAAUAAGGUAGACAUACACAGUUUAAAGUACAAGAGGAAUUAUUUUUCAGACAAUGACCUUGGCCAUUCUUGUCUGCUAGAGUUACUCGUCACCUAAUAUUUUACUGUCAAUUUAUUAGACACACCAUUUUGAUGAUAUAUGAUUGGAUAAAAUUCAAAAAAAGUAUGUGUGUGUACAUGUGAACUUGUUUUUGGCACACGAGAAGGAACCUAAAAAAAUGUCUGGCAGUCAACGUGUUAAUUUGGCUUUAGACUACUAAAUAAUUGAUCAUAGUACUUCAAUUAUUAUGUGUUCUGAAAAGCUUACAUCUGUUACACUACUCUCAACAAAUAGAAAUAUAUAUGUGUACAUAAUGCUAUUAUCUUUGUGUAAAUUAUGUUUAUACCAGUGUUUAAUAUUUAAACAAUUUAUUUACAUUAUCAACUUUUAAUCUUAAUUAGAAGGUGAAAUUAUAUUUAACCGUUUUAUUAAAUAGAUUAUAAUAAUUCCAAGAUAUUGCCUAUCUUGCAUCAACAUUGAAUAAGACAUACAUUAAAGUACAGUGGGUAUGUGAACAUAUCUCGUUUUUUUCACUGAAGUCCACUUUUUAACUUAAA